AUGUCCAAAUUGCACCCGGUCCGCAUCCAGGAGCAUGGCUUGUCUGCAUUGGCCUUAGCUUUUUCCAUGGUUGAAAUCAACAGGAACCCUGAUCUUCUACCAAAUUCAUUAUUCAUAUUUGCAUGCCCAGAAGGUGUUUGUGCAACUGGGACAAAAUUAUAUAGUCACUUGCAAUUUUCUGAAGAAUUUAGUGAUACUCCAAAUUACAUCUGUUAUGAACAGACUAUGUGUAUAGUGGUGCUUACAGGACCAAAUUUGGCAACAUCUGUCCUUCAGAUUACCUAUGGACCUUUCCAUCCCAUCCUGAGCAAUCAUGAACAAUUUCCCUCUCUGUAUCAGAUGGCUGCCAAGGACACAUCUUUAGUCCUGGCCAUGAUCUCUUUGAUGCUUUACUUCAACUGGAACUGAACUGGACUGGCUAUCUCAGACAAUUGAGAGGAGAGAUGGAAAAAAAAAUACAGUCUGCUUUGCUUUGUGAGUGUGAUCCCAGUCGAGAUGCAUUUAUUCUUGACACAAGCUGAAGUUUAUUAUAACCAAAUCAUGACAUCAUCCACAAAUGCAGUUGUCAUUUAUGGAGACCCAGAGAGUUCUCUAGCUGUGGCCUUUAGAAGGUGGCGAUCUCUAGGUUUACAGAGAAUAUGGGUCACCACCUCACAGUGGGAUGGCACUACAACUAAGAAUGACUUCCCAUGUAAUUCAUUCAAUGGGAAAAUAACUUUUGCACACCACCAUUCUGAGAUUUAGUUAAAAAAUUUUGUGCAGACAUUGAACCCUCUCAAAUACACUGAUGAAUUCCUGGCCAGGCUGGAGUGGAUGAGCAUGAACUGCAAUGUCUCAGUUUCUAUGUGUAAGACCCUGAAGUAUUGCUUAUCCAAUGCCUCAUUGCAAUGGCUCAAGGCACAGACUUUUGACAUGGCCUUUAGUGAUGAGAGUUAUGACAUAUAUAAUGCAGUGUAUGCUGUGGCCCAUGCCCUUCAUGAAAUGCUUCUUCAGCAUGUACAUAAUCAACCCAUGAAUAAUGGAGAAGGACAUUAUGCUCACUGCUUGAAGCUGCACUCCUUUCUGAGGAAAACAUGCUUCACAAAUCCUGUUGGAGACAGAGUGAUUAUGAACCAGAAAGAAAAUCUGCAGGAAGAGUAUGACAUUUUCCAGAUUCGGAAUUUCCCUUAUGGGCUCAGACUGAAGGUGAAGAUAGGAGAGUUUAGCCCACAUUUUCCACAAGGUCAACAGCUGCAUUUAUAUGAAGACAUGAUAGAGCAUGCAACAGGAAGUAAACAGGGUCGGAACUUCUUAUGCGGCCAGGUCCUUCCUGAGGGUCUGGUGGGGUGGGGAGUGUCAGUAGGGGUCACAGACAGGCCCGGCCCCACCCUGCAAUCCCUGACCUCUGACCUGGGGAUUGACCAAAGCGUUGUCGCUGACUUUGUCCCGGAUGUCAGGGAUGUGGGGGAGGAGGCGGUGCCAGAUGAACCUGGGGUCGGGGGUCAAGGCGGCCAAUGUGAGGCCACUGGAGACAUCUUGGGCCAUGGCAGCCACGACAGUCAUAUUGGGUCAGGGCGGCCAAUGAGGAAGCCCCGCCCCCAGGGACACUCAGGAGGGGCUGGAAACGGGGUGAUUGGUGUGCCCCACCCACACCCGGAAGUCCCGCCCAGCACCGGGGAAGAUGUAGUCCAGCCUCUCGUGGAUGGUGACGUUGCCCGUGGUGGCGUUGACCCCCAGCGUGACCCCGAGGUGCAGGGUCAGGGCCCUGAACUGGCAGCGGCACCCAAGAUCCGCUGGGUGCUUGGUUCCAUCGGUGUUCGGUGCUCGGUCACCGCCAUGCCCGGCCCCGCCGCGUCCAUCGCCGUCAUCCUCCUGCUGCAGCUCCAAAUCCGGGAGAGCGCGGGGGGUCGCGGUGACGUCCGAGGGGGCGCUGACGCGGGGUACCCACUUCCGGGAUCGAAUCAGGCGCAGGAGGCGGACAAAGCCGGGGACCGGAAGUCCUGCCCCCGGGUCCAGAUUGACAGGCGGAGUUUACAGAUGGGAAGUCCCGCCCCGGGCGCCCAGACUGACAGGCCGGUAGCGGAGCCUAGGGGUGCUCAGUCUCUCCCCGUCGCUGACGUCACCCGUCUCCGCCCCCCAGAGGACGUCACCGUCGUCUGCCGCGACCUGCGCGACGUGGAGGUCACGUGGGACCCCGCUGAGCAUGCGGGGGCUAACCUGAGCCUGACAUGGCGCUACAUCCCAGAGCCCCUGCGGCCCUGCUCCCGGUACUUCCUGUCCGACGGCCUGACUUCCGGCUGCGUCCUCCCCGUGCGCAGCGGACGCCCCCUGGAGAUUGACGUGCGUCUGGGGGCGGAACCUGUGUUCCACCGGAAGGGGCUGGCCUCGGCCUUCCUGAAGCCCCGCCCUCCCGACAAACUCACUCUCCAUUGGCUGGAGGAUGCCAUCCGUGUCACAUGUCCUGCCCUCCCCCAUGUCGGCCUCGAUUAUGUCAUCCAGCACCGCGGGAUGGGGGACACGGACUGGGUGGCCUCCGCCCCAGCGCCCUCCUGUGAUGUCACCGUGGGCGGAGUCGACCGCAGCGCCUGCCUUGCCUUCAGGGUCCGGGCAUUCCCGCGGGAAUCUUUCUAUGGCAGCGAAGUGCAGCCUAGCGAUUGGAGCCCCGUGACACAAUGGAGGGCUGGUGACGCCAUGGGUGUGGGGAAUGCCACGCCCCUCACCCCGCCCCUCCAGGCUCGGCCUCUAACCGACCCCACCCUCACCCUUAGCCAAGCUCAGGCUGAGUCCCGGCCCUGCCCCUCACUUCUGGCCCCGCCCCAGGCCUGGAUUGCGCAGGACGUCUCUCCGCCCCCGAAGCCCGAAGCCAUUGACCCCAUUGACCCUGCUGAGGUGGCCCUGGUUCUGGAGCAGCAUGGGAAGGGCGCGGCACCCGACCCAGCCUUGGGGUCUCCCGGGCUCCCCUGCCAGUGCCCGAGGGACAGGGACCUGGGAGAACUACAUCUCCGAACAUGCACUGCGGCGCCUGGAUCUCACUUCCGGUCACCCGGACUUCUCGUUCACGGCGUCUGUGAUCAUAAGGGUCCCAUUGUGAACUACAUCUCCCAGGAUGCCCGGCGACUCUUCCUUGACCUAUUUCUGGUGUCAUUAGCUGUCACUCCGACCGCCGAAACCGGAAACGGCCUUGUCUUCCCCAUUUCCGAUGCCCCAGUGUGGUCGAGGACUGUUCGCUCGGUGGAAACUACAAGUCCCAAAUGCUUCGCUAUGCUCAUUUUCCGGUGUUUCCCGGAACAUUACAGAAUUGAACGGGGUCACGUUUUGAUGGACCGGAAGAAGUGUCCCGUCCCCCAUUCAAAACCUCUUUCGCGGUGCUCGUGGAAAGUCCCUCUCCUACCCGGAAGUCCCGCCCCACCCCUACCUCCAAGGCCUCCGUCUCUGCCAUUGGUUGCGGAAAUUUAUUUAUUGCGGUUAUAUAUAUAUGUCCGGUUUUUCCUGGAUAUUUGUUCGUUUUUUCUCGGGUUCGGGUCCCGGAUGGGCUCGGCGUUCGAAGCCUCAGGAUUGAAAUCUGGUUCCGUGUUGAGGAUCCGCGACCUUCUUCUCGUGUGCUUGAAAUCCUUCCAGGGAAAAUUCAUUCUGCAUCCCAUGCCUGUGCUGUUACUACACACGUAUGUGGAUAACUGUGUGAGGUGUCCAGAGAACGAGGUCACGGAGUCUACAAUAGAUGGGGAUAAUUGUGUGAAGUGUCCAGAGGACCAGUAUGCCAACAGAGAACAGAACCAGUGUAUUCAAAAAGCUGUGGUCUUUCUGAAUUACAAAGACACCUUAGGGAUGGUUCUUACCUUAAUGGCCUUGUUAUUCUCUGCAUUCACAACUGUGGUUCUUGGGAUAUUUGUGAAGCAUCGCAACACUCCCAUUGUGAAGGCCAACAACCAGAAUCUCAGCUACACCUUGCUAAUUUCACUCAUCUUCUGUUUCCUGUGUCCCUUGCUUUUCAUUGGGCAUCCCAACUCAGCUACCUGUAUUCUGCAGCAUAUUACAUUUGGAGUUGUAUUUACUCUGGCUGUUUCAACUGUGUUGGCCAAAACAGUGACUGUGCUGUUUGCUUUCAAAGUCACAGCCCCUAGAACAAGGAUGAGGUAUUUUCUGGUUUCUGGUGUUCCCAACUACAUCAUUGCCAUCUGUAUGCUCAUCCAAAUUAUUCUCUGUACAAUCUGGUUGCAUUUUUAUCCUCCUUUUAUUGACAAAGAUGUGCACUCUGAGCAUGGCCAAAUCAUCAUUGUGUGCAACAAGGGCUCAGUUAUUGCAUUCUACUGUGUCCUGGGAUACCAUGGCUCCCUUGCAUUAGGGAGCUUCAUUGUUGCUUUCUUGGCCAGGAAUCUCCCUGACACAUUCAAUGAAGCCAAGUUGCUGACCUUCAGCAUGCUGUUGUUUUGUAGUGUCUGGAUAACCUUCCUCCCUGUCUACCACAGUACCAAGGGCAAGAUAAUGGUGGUUGUGGAGGUUUUGUCCAUCUUGGCUUCCAGUGCAGGGCUACUGGGAUGCAUUUUCAUCCCCAAGUGCUAUAUAAUUUUGUUAAGACCAGACAGAAAUUCUCUUCAAAAGUUAAGGGAGAAAACAUCUUUCUGA